UGAAAGACGGAGCAGGCCAGGCUCAGGCAGAUGACGGGGAGCUGGCCACUGGCUCUGAGGGCCAAAGUGAGGCAGACUGGGGUUAGGGAUAAGGACUCUGUGUGUGUGUGCGGGGUGUAUGUGUGUGUGAGUGAGAGAGUGUGUCUGGCAGGUGGGGGCUUCCGCCUGCUGAAUGAACCCGGUCAGUGUCGGGGAGUAUCAUGGGCUCCGGGUGGGGUCGGCCCUCCUCAGCAUCGUGGCCGGCUGCAUCAUCAUCGGUGUGUCACGGGAAUGUGAUGCUGAUGCUGUCGGAGGAAUCUUCUUAGGAGCUGGAGGCCUCGGCCUGGUCAUAUCAGUCUACCCCUUUGUAAAAGCGUGGCUGAACGUCAAUCACAUUCUUCCAUCUUUUGGAGGUUUCAGGGUGCACCCCACAGCGGCUAAUCCUGCUGUGGAUCCACCAGCGGAGGCUCUACGGCGAGAGGGUACCCAGAGUCAGAUCCAACUGGAGCGUUCUAAAAGUCGUAUGGGAACCUUUACAGAAGGCGGCCCAGUCAGUGAUCCCAGCCCUGAUGAAGGGACUUCUUCAGACAUGCCUGAUGUCUUGUCAAGACGGAAACUGAAGCAGUCGCCAUCUGAUCAAGACCCGCCAUGACGUCAUCAUGUGACCCCGCUGACCAGCAGAGCCAUCAGGGACGUUUCUCUGUUCAACUGUCCCUUGAUGGGAAUUGUGGUUCAGAUCAGACCAUCGUAUUUACAUUAUCA